GUGUCCCUGCAGCGUCCCCGGCCAUCUCCUCCGGGCGAAGCCGAUGCCGGCAUCCGGCUUCUGUGUCCUGUCCCUGUGACGUCGGGACGUACGGGCGCCGCAGCCGCCGGCGGCGGGAAAUUUAAAAAUUUUAAAAAAUGUCAUUUUUUUUUUUUUACAUUUUACCUAGUAAAACAUUGCUGUCUCAACCAAUUUCACAUACAUAUUGUCCCUAGUGCUUUGUCCUGCGCCCUGCCUGAAUUUUGUCUGGACUUUCUUUCUGGAAACUGAGAAAAUUUCCAUGGCGUCCAAAAAGUGUCCCUUUAGGUCAAAAGCGGUUUAGAUCAGCUAGAGAACAGCGAUAGUAAAUCAGAACCACUUGCAGAAAUUGAGUGAUAAUGAUUCGUGGGGGAAAUUCGUCAUCAGACAUUGA